CCCUCCCUCCCGCGGCAGCCUGGGCUCCGUUCGGCCGCAACUUCCUGCCGAGUGCUGGGGAACUGCGCCCGUUUCGGGGACCCUCGAAGUUCGGUGCUCGUAGCGGGAAGAAGCUGGGACCGCAGGACGGCCAGCCGUGGGCGGGAGUGGCCAGCUGCUCCAGUAGCUUCCGAGAGCGACUUUCAAACUCGCGCCCGCUUUGCGGCGCCACCUGGGCAGCUCCGCGUUCCCUGCGCGUCGCGAACCGGCCAGCCGGCGGGGUGGCCACCGCUCGAAUCUCCCCGAGGUGACAAUCCCGGGCAGCGAUGCCAGGAUGCCCGUCUCCACUGCCCUCCACCAAGAUGGCAGCCAGGAGCGUCCACCCAGCCUAAUGUCCACCACUUCCUCAUCUGGCUCCUCCCGUGACAGCCACAGUGCCAUGGAGGAGCCCGCCAGCUCUGAGGCUUCAGCCCAGAAUGGGACAGGCUCCCCUUGGGGCCGGCACGUCCCCAAUAGCAACAACAACUCCAGCGGCUGGCUGAACAUGAAGGGACCCCUCUCCCCUUUCAACGGCCGUGCAGGGACAAGUCCUGCCCACCACAAACUCAGCUACCUGGGCCGGGUGGUGCGAGAGAUUGUGGAGACAGAGCGCAUGUAUGUCCAGGACCUGCGGAGUAUUGUGGAGGACUACCUCUUGAAGAUCAUUGACACUCCCGGGCUCCUGAAGCCAGAGCAAGUCAGUGCCCUCUUUGGGAACAUCGAGAGCAUCUAUGCGCUGAACAGCCAGCUUCUCAGAGACCUGGACAGCUGCAAUAGUGACCCUGUGGCUGUGGCCAGCUGCUUCGUGGAAAGGAGCCAAGAGUUUGAUAUCUACACUCAGUAUUGUAACAACUACCCCAACUCAGUGGCAGCCCUGACGGAGUGCAUGCAGGACAAGCAGCAGGCCAAGUUCUUCCGAGACCGGCAGGCGCUGCUGCAGCACUCCCUGCCUCUGGGCUCCUACCUGCUGAAGCCCGUUCAGCGCAUCCUCAAGUACCACCUGCUGCUCCAGGAAAUUGCCAAACAUUUUGACGAAGAAGAGGAAGGCUUCGAGGUGGUAGAGGAUGCCAUCGACACAAUGACAUGUGUGGCCUGGUACAUCAAUGACAUGAAGAGGAGGCAUGAGCACGCGGUUCGGCUGCAGGAGAUUCAGUCGCUGCUCAUUAACUGGAAGGGGCCAGACCUGACCACCUAUGGAGAACUGGUCCUGGAAGCCACCUUCCGCGUACACCGCGUGCGCAACGAGAGGACUUUCUUCCUCUUUGACAAGAUACUGCUCAUCACCAAGAAGCGGGGCGAUCACUUCGUCUACAAGGGUCACAUUCCGUGCUCCUCACUGAUGCUGAUCGAAAGCACCAGAGACUCCCUCUGCUUCACCGUUACCCACUAUAAGCACAGCAAGCAGCAGUACAGCAUCCAGGCCAAGACAGUGGAGGAGAAACGGAGCUGGACGCACCACAUCAAGAGACUCAUCUUGGAGAACCACCAUGCCACCAUCCCCCAGAAGGCCAAGGAAGCCAUCUUGGAAAUGGACUCUUACUAUCCCAGCAGGUAUCGUUGCAGCCCUGAGCGGCUGAAGAAGGCGUGGUCAUCCCAGGAUGAGGUAUCUACCCACGUGCGCCAAGGACGCCGGCAGUCUGAGCCGACCAGACACCUGCUCAGGCAGCUGAAUGACAAAGCAGCCAGAGCAGCAGGAAUGAAGCAUGCAGGCAGUGCCGGAGCCCUCCUGGACUUUGGGCAGCUACCCCCUGCACAGGACCUGCAACCAGAGGCUGAGGGGGCUGCCACGGAGGAGCUUGAGGAAGAGGAGGAGAUAGUGGAGGAGGAAGAGCAGCAGCAGACCUUCCCAGUCUCCCUGGAAGACUUGGCAGGGCAUGAAGGCAGUGAGAAGGUGCCUGGGCCAGAGCUCCCAGGCUCGGAGGAGGAGGAGGAGGAGGAGGAGAGUCUAGCAGUGGCUGAGCAGGUAGCUGACUUUGCCAGCUCCCUGCUGGCUGCCCUCCACUGCUGGCACUAUCGGGCCAACGCUUUACUUUUCUCCCGGGGUGCUAUGGGGAAGAGACACAGGGAGUCUGAAGACUCUAAAAGCUGCAGAAGGCCCAGCGACCGGUCUCCAACCAGCGCAGAGAAUCGCAUGAGCUUCGAGUCUGUUUCUUCCCUGCCAGAGGUUGAGACAGAUCCUGAGCCUGGGGCUGAGCAAGAGGCCUUGACUGCCUUGGAAGGUCCCAGCACUGAGGAGAUGCCUUCAGAGCCAGAAUCUCCAGGAGUUCUGGAAACACAGCUCCAUGUCCCCAAGGGGCUGUUGCAGGUAGAUGGUCCAGUUGAUGUGGUGGACUUUGUGGAGCCUGAGGGCACUGAGGACCUUAAGGCCCUGAGUAGUGAAGAGGAGGAAGAGGAGGAACUGGGAGCUCCCCAGGAGCCCGAGAGCCUGCUGCCACCCUCAGUGCUGGACCAGGCCAGUGUCAUCGCUGAGCGGUUUGCCAGUAGCUUCUCUCGGCGGAGCAGCCUGGCCAUAGAGGAUGGGAAGUCCAGUGGCCUCGGGACACCGCGGCUGGUCAGCCGGAGCAGCAGCGUGCUUAGCCUGGAGGGCAGUGAGAAGGGCCUAGCCCGAUGGAGCAGCACUGGGGACUCCCUCAGCAACCCCCCCACCCCAGAAGUGGUCAUCAGUGCAGACAUGGUCACAGACAAUGGCCCUUCUGUCAAUGGAACGGAAUCUCCAAAUUCAGGCUCAGGCUGCUCCACGGAACCGGACAAAUCUUCCUGCAAGAAGAAGGAAUCAGCAUUGUCCACCCGAGACCGGCAGUUGCUGGACAAAAUCAAGAACUACUACGAAAAUGCAGAGCACCACGACGCAGGCUUCAGCAUCCGGCGGCGGGAGAGCCUCUCCUACAUCCCGAAAGGAUUGGUGCGGAGCUCGGUGUCCAGGUUCAACAGCCUCCCCAAGCCAGAUUCAGAGCCAGCAGCUCCAAUUGGGUACAAGAGGCCAGGGAGUUCUCGGCCAGCCUCAUGGGCCUUGUUUGACCUCCCAGGACCCAGCCAGUCAGGCACAGGGGAGCCCGCUCCCAUCACAGAUGCUGAGUUUCGCCCAUCUUCAGAAAUUGUGAAGAUAUGGGAGAGAAUGGAAUCUUCAGAGAGAAGUCCACGGACAGGGCCUGGUCAGAGCCAGGCCAACGGCUUUGAGCUCCAAGAGCCGUUGUUCAUCUUGGAGGAGCACGAGCUGGGGGCUAUCACCGAGGAGUCUGCCGUGGCCUCUCCGGAAAGUGCCUCUCCCACCGAGCAGCCCAACCCAGCCCACCUGGCCCAGGAGCUGAAAGAGCUGGUGAGAGAGCUGAGCAGCAGUGUCCAGGGGGAGCUGGUCACCCCAUUGCACCCCCGAAUCAUGCAGCUCUCCCACGUGAUGGACAGCCAUAUGAGUGAGCGGGUCAAGAACAAGGUCUACCAACUGGCCCGCCAGUACAGCCUCCGAAUUAAGAACAUCAAGGCAGCUAGGCCACCUCUGCCGUGGGAUAAAGCAUCUCCUGACAGGGAUGAGCAGAUCCCCACCAUCUCUGGCCAGCCCGAGGAAGCUGGAGAGCUGUCAGGGGGCAAAGCCAGGAGGAAGCCUGUGCUAUCCCUCCUUAGCUAUGAGCAGCUAAUGGCCCAGGAACAGGGUACCUCCAAGACUUCCUCUGCUGUUGCUGCUGCUGCUGCUGCUGCAGAGACCUCCCCACGCCGGUUCUCCCUCAGCCCUUCUGCGCUCAGCCCAAGAAGUGCCUCCUCCGGGUCUCGGCCCUCCACUCGGAGCCCCCUCAGCCCCUUCGACACUGAGACCUUCAACUGGCCUGAUGUCCGAGAGCUCUGCUCCAAGUAUACAUCCAACGACAAGGCUGCCCAAGCCGAGAGCAGCUGGCCGCGUGGCCUUCUGGUCAACCGGAGCCGCUCCUUGCCUGAGAACAUAGUAGAGCCUCCUGUAUCUGGCAAGGUGGGCCGCUGCAGCAGUAUGAACACAAAGAGGCGCCAGGGGGAUGGGGAGGCUUCCCAGCCGCCACCUCCUGAGUCUCCUCCCCAAAGCAGGCUGAAUGGAGAGGAAUCCCUGUAUAUCACUGCAGACCUUACCCUGGAGAACAACCAGCGAGUGAUUGUCAUGGAGAAAGGGCCCCAUCCCAGCUCCACUAUGGGGAUGGAGGAGGGCAGUGGGAAGGAACUGAGUUCACCAGUAGCUUUGAAAGGGCAGGGCCAAGGUUUCCUGGGGUCUACAGAGUACCAGCCCAAGGAAGACGGUUCCAGGGACCCAGCAGACACAAACAAGCAGGGUAGAGUGAGAAACCUGAGGGAGAAAUUCCAGGCCUUAAACUCUGUGGGUUGACUGACCCCUGAAGGAGAGAGCGGCCAUGUCAAGGACUGGCAUGCUCCACCAGGCCUGGGUCGCUAAGGCUGUGCCUCCAUUCUUCUGGAAGAGUAACCGGUUUGGGGAGCGUGUGUGAACUCAGCUGCUACCUGUGUUGGCAUGUCCUCACCUCCCCAGGGAGGUCCUGUGAGAACUUUCCUUAGGCCCAGAUGAGCCACUUACCUUGUAAAUAUUUCUCUGAUAAGAAGCCAAAUAUUUUAUUUAAGCUUACUCUGCCCAAGGGGAGCAAGUACUGUCCUGGCUUCCCUUACUGCCUGGCCACUGCCUGGCUGGGGAUCCAAGGGGAAACCUAGGAAGCAGCCUGGGCAGACUCUGCUCUUUACCUGCCUUGUCUUAGGACCUAGGCGGGAAUGAGGCCAAUAAUUUAUUGCUUUCAAUCCUGUGGGGUGCGUGGAUACAUGUGUGUGAGCGUGUAUGUGUGUGUGACUGUAAGCGUGCCCGCACAUGCACGCACGUGUCCUGUAAAGAAUGUAACGGACUUAGUUCAGGUACUCUUGAAGGUUGUCUUGCUGGCCCCGUGGUUGUUGCUGAUGAAUACACAUUUCAUUAUUUGCCAAUGGUGCAGUAACCACUGCUGGCCAUCCAACCAACCUGUGUGUGGUCUCCUUAUUGGGGACCACUCGGGAGGAUUCUUCACGGGUCAAGGGACAUGGAAUGCUCACUCAGUGUCUAAGCACAGGAAACAGGAGACACCGGGGUGCUCCCAGGUCCGGUGGGGUACAGAGUGUGAGAUGGGAACUUUGUCCCUGCCAUGUCUGCUUCUCUGCACUGCUCUGUCCACCCCACGGCCCAGCAUCCUGUCUGGGUUGGGAAUCCCACAUGUGAGCCCUUCACUUUUCUCCCAAAGACAAAAUUAUAUUAACACGCUGGAGUUGCUAGGGGCAAGCAGAACACCUCAGAUAAGCAAGUUUCUGGUGCCCAGUGCCUUUCCCUCCUUCUCUCCCUCUCCAGCUCCUAGGAGCAGGGAUCCUAAGGCCGAGGCCUAGAAAUGUCCUCCGGUGGUUUGCAGUGUUGUGGGAAUGCACAGGCAUUUUGUUAGGGUGGACCCCGUUUUCGCAGCAUCCACAGAACUGUCCCGUUGCAGAGGACCAGGAAUGCCCCAUUUCUGGGUGGACCCUUUCCUCCACGGAAGACCAGCCUUACUUCAUCUUGUUUGUUCUGUCUGGGGCCAGAAAGGAGGGGACUGUAGGGCCCUGGUGGUUGAUAGAGAGGUCAGUCUCUUGAGUAUUGUCUGCAAGUCUAUAGAAUUAAGACCUGGGGAAUCUUCCAACCUAGGAGGAUGGAUUAAAUCUGAACAUGGGUCCAUCCAGUCCCCCACUGUCGGGUGAGUGGUGGCCUCCUGGGCAUGAGCAGAGCUGGACCGCAUUAGCCCAUGUUAGUUGUUCUGAGUCUUCUAUGGCCCUUUGGUAGUCACUGAGAAGACAGCUACCGGUUUUGAGCAGGCCCAUCCCAGGAUGUGACACCUGAUAGCAAUCGUAAAAGCACUGGAUAGAUGACUCAAACUCCUGCCCCAGCCUUGCUGGCAGCUAGCUGGGACACCCAACUGUGUACUUUCCUCACCUCCAGAUUGAAGGCUGGAUGAGUCACUGUUUCUCAGACUCAGUGAUGCCACCCAGGCGUGGAGCCUCAGCAGUUGUUGCUAAUGUCUUUCGGAUGUUCCUCACACUCAGUGUCUAGGUGUGCCUGGGAACCUUGGACAGGGAUCAUUGCUUUCACUGGUACUUAUCAGAAUAUCUGAGGGGCCUCUGGAACCUGGCAGUCUUGUAUCCCACCCAGGUCAAACAACCCUGAAAAUGGAUCCCCAAACAGAUUAGGGAUCAAGCUCCUGCACCCUGUAGUGAAGAGCAUGAACAGUGAUUGCUGAGGAAUGACUUUGAUCUAGAGUUGAUUGAAUUCAUGAGUAAGCAAGCUUCCUCGGGGUCUCAGAAUGGGUUUAGGGCCUGGAUGCCAACAGAGUCAGCACGUAAUCCUCUCAGGAACAAACCAAAGUCUAGCGGUCCCUCUGUUUCCAUGGUACCUGUCCUCUGAAGUUCAGUUCAAAGGAAGACGAGAAUAGUCAAAGAAACAGAAACAAACACGGAGUAUUAUUGAUUUAUUAGAAAAACUAGUAAAUGGGAUUCCUCUGGUUAUGGAAGCACGUUUGAGCAGGUGGAGGACAAGGCCCAGCCAGCCCCAGGACCAGCCCCAGAUGGCAUGAUCUGUGCCCAACAGGGUCGCAUUCCUCUACAGUCACCUCGUCUUAUGUCCUCCCUGAGCUUGUUUGUCCAAGGGACCAAGCCAUGUGGCCUGCUGGCCACCUCCUCUGAAUCUGCUUCCUCUUGCUGAGAGGAGGCAGAUCCAGGGCCAGCCUAGAGGACCUGUUGCCCUCCAAUAGGCAGGAAGGAGAGGUGGGGGUCAGGGGGAGUGCCUACACAGACUUCUGUUAGUACCAAUGGAGGUGGGGUGGGAGGGUCCCGGGACCCUCUCUAUUCCUCCUCAGCCCAUCUGCCAUGGCCCAGGACAAAGGGACAGGGAAAGGGACCUUGUCUGACCAAGCCCAGAGAGCUUCCUCCAACUACCCUGGGGAGGAAGCCUGUUAUGCUGGUGUGGACGGUAGCUGAGUUAACCCAGUUUGGGAGUACUGUCAAGGAAGACCGCAAAGUAGAAAAUACCAGGAGAAAAAUCAGCCUGCCAGGACACCGGGAGAGCCUAGCCCUGGAAUGCAGAAUUCCCCCAAAGUUGGCCACUUGUAGAGUCAGUUCCAUGCCUAGGGGCCUGGAUGAUGUGGAUGAGAAGUGUGUGUGGGGGGGUGCUGUUUGUGAUGGUAGGUCACGGUGCAGUUGACUAGCCUGUGUGAUCCUUUGAGAUGAGAUUCUAGCUCUUCCAUUGGAGCCUUCCUUUUUGGCUUUGCGGAAUUUCUCACUUCAGGUGCUACAUGGGUACAUGUUGAGGGGAAAUAAUAGACCCCUGUACCUUGAUGCCCCCUGUCCAAAGACUAGACCAAGGAAAGUGCCUGCGGGAGCUGUUUGCCACCCAAUGCUUCAGCAUGGAGUCCAGAGAUAGACAUCCCUUCUCUCCAUGCACCAUGGCACUUUUUAUUGUCAGGGGUGCACGUGCCUCCCUGUCUGCUGCUUUGGUUUCUCCAGCUGUAAAAAGAGGCUGGCGGAUGGUGCCCACUGUGUUCCCCAUAGAAGGGGAGGGCUAUAGGGUCCUAUACACCAAGGCCAAGUAAAGACGCUGUGGAGAUGAGAAAACCAGGGCCCGAUGGCCACAGUGGCCUCAGUGGCUUUUAUCUACUGGGGUUGCAUUCAUACUCACAUGUUGGGGGGUCACAGGUGCACCUGAUCUCUGAGUUAUACCUGCCUGGUCGACAAGGGGUUCUGGGGAGGCCUAGGAACUGGGCGCUUCCCAUUGAGCCUUACCCACGGGGAAGGCAGUAGAAACUGGCUGUGAUCCCUGGAGACACGGAUGGUCUCCUAGGUGAAAAGGCCUGUUGCCUCGACUCCACCUAACUCCAGCUGCCAGACUGGCUGGAGCUAUGUUGCUUCCAGUUGUGUAGCAGAGAAUGUCUUCAGGACCAGCGGUCCUAUUCCUCCACAGGCACGGGGAAUCGCUCCCUGGGGUGGGCGACAGAGCCCCCUUUGAUGCUUGGAGAGGGAUGGUAGGUGUUUGGAGACCUUUAUACCAUGUGAGCCCCCAGAAUCUAAGACUAGGCCUGCAGAAGCCAAUCAGCAGGGGUCAUACCUUUAAGACUGUGUUCCCAACAUCCAUCCCUAUAUUCCAGGGGUAAUUAUGUCACAUGCCUGCAUUUGUCAUCCCUUGGUAAUAAACAGAGCUCUGUGACCAGCCA